UAGAUACAAGCGUUUAGACACCAGGCGUACGUACAUGUGCGUGGUGAAAUGCUGGAUUGACUAACACUGAAGAUCUCGGGGAUCAAUGGCGCGCGGCUUUGAGAUCGUUUAAAAUUUAUUGGAAGGGAGAGUGUGAGAAAAAAAGGAAAGAGAGAGAGGGGCAAAACAGUGUCUUUCAACAAUGGAACUUACAAUGGAAAACAUUGGGAAUCUGCACGGCGUGUCACACUCCCAUCAAACGGGGGACUUGAUGAACUCUCCUCACGCGCGGCAGUCGACGACACAUAGGAACUUGGUGUCAUCGCACGGGAGGUCAGCGAUGGUGUCCAGCAUGGCCUCAAUACUGGACGGGGCCGGGGAGUAUCGCACGGACCAUUCGCUGUCCGGUCCUCUCCAUCCAGCGAUGACCAUGUCGUGCGAUUCAAGCAUGAGUCUGAGCAGCACUUACACCACCCUGACGCCGCUGCAGCACCAUUUGCCUCCCAUAUCCAACGUCUCAGAGAAAUUUCACCAUCACCCGCACCCUCACGCUCAUCACCAUCCCGCGCACCAGCGUCUCGCCGCCGGGAAUGUCAGCGGCAGCUUCACGCUGAUGCGGGAUGACCGGGGCCUCGCGUCCAUGGGCAAUCUAUACGGCCACUAUUCCAAAGACUUGUCCGGGAUGGGACAACCUUUAUCGCCUCUUUCCAAUGGCCUUGGGUCUUUGCACAACUCUCAACAGACUCUGAGCGCGUACGGUCCGAGUGCUCACCUGGGGAACGACAAGAUGAUUUCCACGGGAAGCUUCGAGUCCCACGCUGCGAUGCUCGGCCGGGGCGAGGAGCACCUGGCGCGGGGUUUAGGCGGGCAUGGGGCGGGCAUAAUGUCUUCUCUCAACGGCAUCAACCACCACCACCACAGUCACUCGCACUCUCAGGCGAACGUGUCGGUGCUCUCGGAGCGGGAUAGGCAGGCAGCAGGAGGCGGCGGACAGGGCGGUGGGUCAGGGCAGGUGGAGGAGAUCAACACCAAGGAGGUGGCUCAGCGAAUAACGGCGGAGUUAAAGAGGUACAGCAUUCCACAGGCCAUCUUUGCCCAGAGGAUCUUGUGUCGCUCUCAAGGAACUCUCUCGGACCUCCUGCGGAAUCCCAAACCCUGGAGUAAACUCAAGUCAGGUCGGGAGACGUUCAGACGGAUGUGGAAGUGGCUGCAGGAACCCGAGUUCCAGCGCAUGUCAGCCCUUAGGCUUGCAGCCUGCAAGCGUAAGGAACAAGAGCAGCACAAGGAACGCAAUAUGGCACCCAAGAAGCAGCGCUUGGUCUUCACCGAUCUGCAGCGUCGCACGCUCAUCGCCAUUUUCAAGGAGAACAAGCGGCCCUCGAAGGAAAUGCAGCUGACCAUCUCGCAGCAGCUAGGCCUGGAACUCAGCACCGUCAGCAACUUCUUCAUGAACGCGCGUCGCCGCUGCGUCGACCGCUGGCAUGAGGAACACCAUCACGGCCAUGUAGCCAGCCCCGGCCAGCCAGGCACCUCCGCCACCACCUUCUCCAAGGCUUAAAUCUUAAACCCCUUUUUCCCAUGGGCGGCUGAGACUGGAUUUUCAUUCCUCACAUAGUCACCCGUUGCGUGCCAAUCAAUCCCACUGCUGCCAAAAAAAAUGGCAAAUUUUCACGUAAAUGCAACCUUUUACUUCUUUGGGACUGUUAUUAAAUCAAGCCAAACAUCUCCACAUGGAAAAGCACCACAUCAUAUUCACAUAAACCACAAAAAAAGUGAGCGGAAGUGAUCUGUUAGUGCGCUCUUCGUGCAGUUGAGGACAAACGAGCACUUUCACAGCUCACAGCACAGAAGGCUUGUUACUCAAGCGAGGUUGUCAAAGAAAGCCACCACCUGCAUCAUCACUCUCGGGCCCACGGCGGCACAAUUCCCUAAUGGCCAGUUGUUUCUCUGAGGCUCUCAGAUCAUAUGCUAAGCUAAUGAAUUGAGAGACUAAUCGAUACAGACAGAAAAGCGAAGGACGUCGACCUCUACUGAAGGUGAAAUGGAACAAGCUCCCGCAACAAGGACUCGCGUGUUCACCCAGCCCGGCUCUCCAUACGGUUUAUUUUGCACAGAUGGAAAUGGAGGGCUGCCUGGGCAACGACGUUUCACUGCACUUGUGGUUAAUGCAUGUUCACACAAUUCAAACUGUCCGUAAUGCAACAAGCAAAUCAGUUGAGAACUGGCAUCAGGUCUGGAGACAAAAUACUGGACCAUUUUCAGCAAUGGUGCACCCUUUCUGAUCUCGAAAAACUAUGACAUUUCAGUUAUGAAUAGAAUAUUUUUCAUUCCGUAUAGAUACAAGAUAGGCCAAAGGUCAAGACAGGUACAGCCAAACACAACGAGAGGCACAUUUUAAAUGCGUGUGGAAAUAUUUGUUACACAAUGGUACAUUCACACACAAAUGAAAUAUUACUGACAAAUCAAAUGUUAUGUUUAUCCUGUGAAGUGGACAAGGGGUAAACACAGUCCAAAACGUUACAUAAAAUAUAGUGCCAAUAAUGUUUGCCUUAAUAUAAAAGUUCACAUACCCUCAGCCAGAGUCCACACCCAAACCGGCAUUAUGUGCCAUAGCAACCAACAAUCAUCUUUUAAAAAGAAUCAGAAUCUUUUUUUAAAAACAAAAAUUAUGAAAAUGCUUUAAAUCAUUCAGUACAGUCUGUAAUAAAACCAACUGAAAAGGUAGGGAUAUCUUUACAGCAACACAACAGAAACAGAAAACAAAUCCUCUUUAAUCCCCUAUUUUUCUCUUGAUCUGUCUCCCACUUCCUUUCUCUUCAUAAUAUUAAAGCGGGUAAUUGGUACAAAAUAUUUCUAUUUCUUAUUAAACCUGUGAUUCAUGCAUACGUGAGGCAUUGAUCAUUUGGAAAAGAAAAAAAAAAAGAAAAAAAAAAGGACUUUCUAAAAGAAUAAACAAACUUGGGAGGACUGCAGCUGGACAUCUCUGCAUUGCAUGUGAACUACCACAGGUCAUAAUGGAAGGAACUUUCACUGACCGUGAAACAGAUAUUGCUCUCUCGGCUCUGUUGAACAGUAAACAAAACAAAAACAAGAAUUCCACCCGAAAUUCCUCCGUAAAACCUCGAAAAACCCUGCCAAAAUGGGUGUGAAACAAGGGCACAACCUUACCUCCGUUGGGAGAUGUUCAAAAUCGAAGAGGAGUUUUUUUGUGUGUGUCUUUGAAUGCAACAGUAGCAUUUCUGGAAAUGUUGCAGGACUUGCUGAACAGAUAAACGUCGGCACUGUUAAUGCAAAAAUGCUCUGAGCAUUGGAGUUAUAAGCAGGCCCAGAUGGAAUCUGCGGAACUACGGUAGAAAAAUCAGUGGAAUUCUGCGGAAUGAAUUCAAACAUGAUGCAAUGUGUAGCUGAAAGCAUAAUCAAAUUAGCCAAAAUAUUUAAUAAACGAAUAUUCAAGCAACGGCAGAUGUGUAGGAUUUUGUGAAUGACUGGCAUUCAGAUUCUGUGGAAAACUGUGGAAAUCCUUCAAACAGAAUUAUGUACGCAGAUUCCGUGUGGGCCUGGUUAUGAGCAUUAAGAAGGAGCAGAUUUGAGCUACACGAAUCAGCGGGCAUCUAUAUGUACAUUAGCUGAUAAAACUGACCUUUUGUUUGUAGUGAGAACCAGUGUGGCUACCUCACUGAGCUGGGUGGUUUGUGAAACAGCCACUGAUACCAAAGAUUCUUUGACCUGCCAAUCCUGUGCUGCCAAAGGGAGGAAUACACACAAAUACCAAAACCCCAAAAGCAUAACCAAAGCUGUUACAGGUGCAAACAAACAGACAAAUGGACUUCACACAUAAAGAUAACAUUUACAUACUCUCACAGUGCAGUCAGACUGCAUAGCACCACACUGAGGGAUGCGGCUGCUAUGCAGAUUGAGUUGAGUGCCUUUUUCCUUCAACAACGGGUGGGACUGCUCUGGAACACACACACACACGUACACACAGAAGCACACGAACACACCUUGGGUCAGUUCACACACACAGAACGCGUUUAGGUUCAAUUUCGCUACUUUUUAAUUAUUUUUCUGUUUAAACUUGCUUUAGCCUACACUGACGUUUUUGACCGUUAAGCGUUUCGAGGCUUUUCAGUGUCUCGCGCGGGACCGCCGCGAUUUAAAGGUGCAGCGUCGAGUUUAAAAACGCGUUUCGAGAUCGUGUGCCAUUUUCCACAAACGCAAAAACGCGUUUUGUGUGAACAGCACCGUGCACAAUUACUCGAACAUACAAGUGUACACUAUUUAGGCAUACAGAUAUUGAAGCACGGGGUGAUUUUGACGUUAGUUUGACAUAAACUGGUGUUUAAGCACUUUAUAAUGCCAACUUUAUUUAUUGUUUCUGCACUAUCACUUAACUGAAAUUAUUUGGGCUAAGAGCUCUGUAAAAACGCCCAGCUUUCUUUCGCGUUAGGCUUGUCUCUAUUUUAUGUGCACUGUCAGAUACUCGCAAAAUAUCUUUCAGUGUUAGCAUUUCUGAUGUCAUACACCCUGAUUUCACUCAAAAUGCCUCAGUACUGUACCCUACCCACAUAUGGUCUAUUUUCAUGAGCACUAAUAUCUUAAAUAAACGUUAAUCUGUUCAACAUGGUUCGCUACAACUAACAUUUUACAUUGAUUUAGGUCUAGGACAGGUUUAAAAUAAAAUCCUGUUUUUGACAGUUUGCUUAUCAAAGAUUUAAAUAGCUGUAAGUGAUUCAGGAGAAGAGGCCAUUUUAGAAGACACAUUGAACCAUUUCCCUCUUAUAUUUCUCCCAUUGGAAACCACAUGGAUUUGGCAGGAAGGUGUUGACAAUUGAUUCUGAAAUACCUCAAAUGUUUUGUGUAAAGUUUAUGUAAUUUAGAUUAAACUAAUGCUAAUUACAAUGAGUACACUAACACUGCUAAGACUAAUAAUAGUUAGUUUUUGAACUUGUGACUUGAAGCUUUAUACUGUUAAAUUGUGUUUUUGUUGGUGGUGUUGUUUGGUUCACUCAUUUGCCAAUUUCUUGUUUAUUAUUAUUAUUAUUAUUAUUAUUUUGAUCGAUGGUGGUACAUAAUUCUUUAUAAAAGAAAGACAUUUGAAUGUUUAUAAUGAAAGACAUGAUGCGAAGGAAAAGGAUUUGAGAGUGAAAGAAAAACAGAACAUAGAAAAAUGACAGAAAAGAGCAAAAUCACAGUACGCUGAAUUUCCAAUAUAUGCAUCAAGUUUAUUUCUAAUGAUUUCAAUUUCAGCAUUUGUCAAACUUUAACUUUGUUAAUUUCUUUUUAUUUAAAGCUAACUCGAUUGUGUUAAGUGCUCCUAACAUUAAUUUAAAAGAUAAUGAAAAAACAAACUCCUCCCAUUUAAAGUGGCGGGGACACUUUUUUCUGCAUGAUUAUUGUAUACUGUAUAGAGUAAAGCUGGAUCGACCUGGACUUUGGUGGGAGCGACUAGGAUGAAUAGACCCCGGGAAGGUUGGAGAUGGGUGGGAAGGGUGGUAAAGGUGUUGGAGGGGUCUUUGUUUUGUAGAGUUUUCUGUCACUGUUGUUUUUCACUGGUUGUGUGCAUGUAUUGUUGCAGCCCUCUCUGCCCUCCUUGUAUUUCUUUUAUGUAUAUAACUCUUUAGUGGGGCAUGACCGUUUAUCCUGGGCAACUGAACUUGGUCAUGGACCUAAUGUACACACGUCUCCUCUUCUGAAAUGUAAUCUAGUGUGCAUUUGUUUACAUGUGGCGUGUUUCUCGAUUUGGGUUGCACACCAUUUCACGCAAAACUGGAAUGCUACCAGCCAGUUUUUUUGCAACAGACCCCUCCAACCAGAAAUGGUCUCUCAUCGACUGUAAAACAGCAUUACGUACAUCAUGUUUCUCUCCGGGUCUGUCCGCAGAUCCAACCCCCCCCCAGUCACACUGUGCUCUUCCUCUUCUGUUACCUGUCAAUCAAUCAGAACCAAGUGUCUUUGUGAUGGUAGAAGACAAUCAGUUUCAAAACAAGGAGAAAAAAAAUGGUAGAGAGAAGACAGGCUGAGAGGAGGAGAAGAGGAGAAAAGGAGGAGGAAAGAGGCUCAUUGGUCACAAGUAGGUGACCACUGCCCUAUUUAGCUUGCUGUGGUGCUUACGAUGUGCAACAUUAGCUAACUUUGCAACUGCUCUUCCCUGUAGAUUUGAAUAGUAAAGCAUAGGAAAUAUAUUUAACAUCUAUAAGAAAUUUUAGCCACCAAAAAUGAUUAGUUUAAUGCUAAUCAUGAUGCUAACACUAAUGUUCACUUUAGCAUCUAGCUACAUUGUCCUCUCACCCAGCUACUCCCACACUACUGGAACAAUUGAAAAGAGCUAGCGCAGGCAAGUGCUAACGUUUGCGCUAACAAUGCUCUCUAAUAACCACAAAUCAGUCAAUAGAGAGCUGCUGAGGCUGGUUGACUUUGCACAGAGAACUAUGCAAAAAUACAACAAAAAGAAAAAGCCUUUACCUCAAUCUUAAUCAAUGUCGCUGGUUCAGGCUCUUUUCCAGUUCCUCAAACUCCACUUCAGUCACCAGGAUAACUUGAAAUGUUAUGUAC